CUCAUUUUGGCAAGAUGGCGUCCACAACAGCUCUCGUAUUCAAAGUGGAUUUUUGUAGUUGUUUGUGAUUCAUUUUCGCUGUCAACUCCCUCAAAAGCAUGCCCAAACGGAAGGUAAAGAGACUUUCCUUUCAUAUACUCGGUUAAAUACUAAAAUACCACAUAAAGACCUUCCAUAAUGGAGAAAUAGUUGUUCUAAAAUUCGCGCCCUUAUUCAGGAUUCGAUCGUUUACCUGAGAGUGUAUUUAAUAUUCUGCCAACAUUCACUUGUAAAAAAGACUUUCCAGGGUGGCUAUUUUUUAGGAAUAUGCUACAAAUCUUUUAGUCAAAUCUCGUCCCUGUAGUUCUUCUCAUCCUCAAAGCUAAAGGUCUGUACUAUCCUGGGUAAUGUUUGCCCCAGGAUGUGGUAGAAGGGGGGCAACCCACGGGAAAUUUGACAUUUUCAGGUUUUCAAAUAUCAAUUUCCCCACCCUUGGAUCUCCAUUAUGAGUCAAAUCAGGAGCCCAUCAAAUGGAGCCUCCAUCUCCCAUACAAGCCCUUGGAGUCAACCCUUUCCCGAGUAGAUUUAUAAUUAGAACGGUUCCCAGGGGAGACAUCGCGCGCCGACGGUGGGAAGAGCCAAUCACAACGAAGAAAUCACACUGCUAUUGUACUUCAUCAAACAGCAGGAAAUUCGUUGUUGACAGGCCAAACACAAUCAUAAGCUAGUGAAACGUGACUUAAGCGUUUUCAUCCCUCAGAGAUUUUCUUUUUUUUUUCUUUCUAGCGGGUAGAUUAUACUGUGGAGAGUUUUAAACUCUGACUAUGUUAAUCUUAAUUUUGGUUGCUUGUCUCAUAUUAAGAAGCCAUGAAGCUGGUCUGUUACAUGGAUUGCAUAAUGAUUAACUACUACCUGCAGUCUGUAGUUCUGACAGGAUUCGUUUUCUUUAGCCAAUUUUUUUGAGCGUUAAGGUUCUUAUUUUGGCUAAAUGACUCAAUAUUAAUCAAAUUUCUAGUUUUUCAAGGUUUUUUUUUCCGAAAUGCGUUUAUCUGAAUUAAUACUUGUAGUCCUUGUGGUUGUUUUGUCCGUCAGCUAGUGUGAUGAUUCCCUGCUAUGUUUUGUAACGCCGGGUCCAGCCAUUGUCUUCUCGCAAAAAGUGAUCUACCGAUGCAAAUUCGAAGGAAGGAAUAUAAUUGAGCCUAAACUUCUACAUUAACUGCUGAGAAUUAUCCUGUUAGUCAGUCAUAAUUCUUUUGGCGCAGAUACAAUGCAUUUUGCUUUUCUUGAGAUAAGUGGGUCUUUGGAAUGGAGCGCAAUGUCACAAAUUCCUCCGUUAGCAAAUUACUUUUGAGUUAGCUUCACGGUCGAGCAACUGUUGUCUUCUGUUCAACUUUUCAAGUGCCAGUUUUAUCCGGCAACUCUCAUGGUGAUACAAGUCAGUUGUAAAGGUAGACUGCAAUUUCUCAAAAUUCGGAACUGAAGCAUUCCUCGUUAGUUGCUACUUAGGUCAUCGCUUUUGCAAGCGGUGCUUAACUGGCGAAAUCCACUCCACGGUGAUGACAAAAAUCAAAUGAUCCUGGCACUUUUUCGGCGCUGAUCAUCGAAAAGUUCCAAAUCGUCCUCAGAACGCUUAAUCGUCGACUCUUUUCAAGGUGCAUGCUUAAAUGUGGGAUGAAUGACGGCAAAAAAAAUAAAACACUCGCAAUUAUAACCUUUCCGUGAUCCUCAGUUCCUCCUUCCCAUCGCUUCAUGCUCAGUCUCAGUCGGGUAAUUCAUUACCUUUUAUUUCAUGAUACCCAGAUCCCAGCGGCUGUAAAAUUGUAAAAAUGGACGUAAAGGAAUAAAGGAAAACGGUCGAAAUACAGGCUUCUGAGUUCGACUUCAUCCAAUUUUAUUUUUUCACGGUGACACACGAGACUCACGGAAAUAUGACACUUUUCGCGGGAAACUAGCCGUUCUAUUUAUAAAUCUACUCUGGAAAGGGUUGACUCAAGAAAUUAAUGGGGAUGGAGGCUCCAUUUGAUGGGCUCCUGGUCAAAUUCCCACCACCCCCCCCCCCGAGGACCACAUACCUUGCAACCUAAUUUCAAUGAAUUAUGGGCACUCACAGCACUUUAUUGCUGCACUCAGCAUCUCCAGAGAGUGGUUACUUGGUGACAAAAUAAUUAAUGGUAGCUAGUUAUUUAGCAUGGUUGGAAAUUUAACACACAUUCUGUACUUGCCAAAAAUACCGGCGAAUUGUUUCACAUACCAUUUACAGCAACAGAAAAUGUGCUCAGUGCCAGAAUAAAAUUAUGUCAUCAUCAAGAAGGGUUAAUGUCUGUCUGUUUGUAACUUAGGUCCUGAAUUUCAUUUAAUUUGGCAUUUGGAGUAUACUAGCAAUCUAAUACAGAAUUCCAGGACUAAUUUUCUGUCUGUACACAUGAUUUUUCGAUCUGUUGCUAUAUUGAAAAAACUUUUGGCUGGCUGGCAGCUAGUAAAAACAUGUAAACUUACAUAGUCAUAGUCAUACAUUUUGGUAUUCAUGUAAAUGAGGUUUUGUGCGAAUAUUUCCUCUCAAAGUUGAGGGACAAAAUACCUUUUGUUACAAUACUUAAAAAAAAAGAUCCUAUUCUUGGGGCAAACCAUUGAUAGGUGCAUACGUGGUACUUUUCUUUGUGGACACAAUGUGUGACUAAGGCCUGGUUCAGACGCCAAACUUUUCAUGCGCUGAACCUAACUGAAUAAGUCCGACUUUGGAGCAACACUAGUGUGACAUCUGAUUCAGACGGUACACCUUGUGUCAAGCCUAAGCUAAGUUUGAACUUUUGAUGCACCAAACACUUUUGCCGCACCAAACUAAAACUGCUGUACCAAACUGCUCUUUUCCAUACAUAAUUCAUCAGUUAGGUUCGGCACAUGAGUGGAGCCGUGUCUGAACCAGGCCUAACACUUAGUUUUUGUUCACAAUAAAUAAUUAUUAUUGAUUAAUAUUGCAGGUGCUUGAAGACUCCUCAGAUGAUUCAGAAUUAGAAGUGGAUGUUGUGGAAAUCUCUGAUACUAAUAGCGAAGCAACCAGAAGUCCUUCCUCACCCAGUAAAAGACCAUUAAAUCGCCCUCAGAGAAAAUCCCUGGACACAUCAAAAGGUGCUAAAAUGAAUGUACCAUACAGUCAACCCUCCUUAAUAUGGACACCAAAGGGACAGAACCAAGUGUCUGCGUCGCUGAGGUGUCUUUAUUAUGGAAGUAUAAACUACCGGUACAUGUAUACAGUGUAUAAAUUUUUUAUCUCUAGGAUGCAGGGUCAUUUUUGUAUGCAGCAGGUCACAAUUAUUUUUCUGACCAAUAGGUCACACUUCACCUUCGAGUUACAGCUGUAUGUAGCACACAGAUGACCUCAAUUACCCCUUCUGAGCAAAGUUUCAUUUGACUACAGGGUGCAAAAAAAGUCAUUUUUAAAGCUUGCCAUUUGAGCAGGCUGAAGCUAACAUUUACUAGCCUAAACAUCAUUCCAACUAGCCCAAAAAUAUUUUGAUGAGCAGAAUUGAUUUCACAGUUCUUCUGUAAUUUGAAUUUCUCUAAAAACUUCACUUGCCCACCGAGCAAGUUAAGAACAAAAUUCACUAGCCCGAUAGCAAAAUCCAUUAGCCCCAGGCUAUUGAACAGUACUUUCUUUGCAAGCUGGACGAGAAAAAAUUAAUUGAUAUAAUGAUUAGCAAUGACUAGGGCAUUAUCCACUCUCCUUGUUUACAAAAAUUAUUGAAUCACACAGUAGUUUGUAUCUGGUGUUCAGAAUUAUCGCUUUUCUUACUUAUGGACAUUAUUAUGGGCAUGACAAGACUGCAUAGUGUUUCAUUUUCUUCAGAAACUGUAAACACAAAAAUGAUAAAUUCGUAAUUAAUGUUACAGGAUGGCUUUAUGGUAAACAUAAACUUUAAGUCAAACUAUUUGUUGUUUCUCUCUCUCCUUUCUUUCUUAAGUACAACAAUUUGUUUAUUUUGUUUUGGUUUUUGGUUUUCAGGGAAAAGGAGGUCGUCUAGGUUUAUCACAAAUAGCAUUCCAGAGGACAUAAAAAGGUGCUAUGUGUGUCAUGGAUUUGAGGAUGAAGUAACCACAGAGUUGUUACAGUGUUCAAAAUGCUCUGCUGUUGGUUAGUAGAUCAAUAAUAUUGCAGUGCAAUAAUAAUAAUGCACUGCAAUAUUAAUGAAAUGGAACUACCUAUCUGCUCAAUCCUUCCAAAAUUUACAGAGAAAAGUGAUCCUAAAAAAAAGGCACAUGACUAACUUAACAUUUCCCUUGUACUUCUAUUAAAACAUUUAGGUUUAAAUAUAAAUAAUUUAUGUCAUUUUGGCCGGGAGUAAAUACAUUGUACAUUGUAAUUGUAGCUGUUGUUACAGAACAAAAUUAAAUUCAGGUUAAAUUUUUUAAACCUAGGUUGAUUUUCUAUUUCCUUUGUCUCAUAAAAUUAGAGCUACAGUGUAGGAAACAAGGGAAAUUGAGAGUCAACCUAGGUUAAAAAAUUUUAACCGGUAUAAUUACAGCUGUAUAAUAAUAUUUUUACCCGCAACAUACAUGUCGCCACCAUAAUGUUUGUCUGUAUUUCUUCUAUUGAGUAAAAAAAAUAGAUGUUCAGAUUUUAAUAACAACAACCGCCACACAAGCAGAGGGUGGUCUUCCUGUGCUGUCAAUAGCACUUUACUAAUUGAAUUUUGACCACAUUAUUAAGAGCUUUUUCUCCUUUACAGUGCAAAUUAUUUGUUCAGCGUUAGUAGUGUCUUCUUCAUUUAGUUUUUACUAUUAACUUGCUCUUCCUUCUGUCUAGCUCACAGGUUGUGUCUGAACCUUUUCAAAGAUUCUUGCCCCUUGUUGGACAGCUCUUCAUGGUUUUGCUACAAGUGUAAAUUCUGUUACUUGUGUAAGGCAGUUCAUGGUGAGGUGAGAACCAGACUAAUACAUGAUUGUAUCUCGUAACCCUUCAAACCCUGCUAUCACAAUUCAGAUUCUCAUUUGCUGCCCCGGCCUAUAUGUUUCCCAUAGAAGUAAUGGAGGGUAUUAAUUUUAUUGAAGUACCGUAAACCCUCUAUUAAGCCCCUCCUCUCAAAUAAGCCCCCUCCCUCUAAUACCACCCCCCCUCCCUUUUCAGGGGAAGAAAGUUAAUGAGCCCCCUCUCUAUUAAGUCGCCCUCCCUCUCCUCUCCUAAUUAUUCUUCACUAAUAAAUAGUCUGUAUUAAUCAAACACGACUGUUUAAAACUUCGUGUGAACUGAUCUGUGAUGGUUUAUUUAUCAACUGGAAAUUCGGAUUUGAUUCUGAUCAUCGGCUUUAUGACCUAAAACUUCUUUACUUGAGCUUUUCUACUUUGUAUUCUAGUUCGUUAUGGAGAACUGAUACCAUCAUUAUUUCUAAAUUAAAUAGGCCCCCCCCCCCCCAAUCUCUAUUAAGCUCCCCCUCAAAUGGACUUGAAAUAAAUAAGCCCCCUGAGUAGGUACGAUAUCAAUUACACUGUAGAUUCCUCUUGUGUAAUCAUGUGCUUUAUUCCCAUCACCAAAUUGUUUUGUCAAGCACUCAUAUUUUACUAUGAGAAAUUUGGUGUUGAUCACUCUUACAUUGUAGGGCUUAAAGGAAUAAACAGGCAUCACAAAGCUUAAAUAAAGAUUAAGCAAAAUGUUUAUGUUCAAUUUUUCCCAUCUUGCACCAAGAGACCCUUUGUACAAUCAUGUACAAUCAGUUGAGAAAACUUACAUGUUUACUUUUAAUAUUACAUUCAACAGGGAGAGCUGGAAUCUUGUAGCAGCUGCGACAGAGGAUUUCACUCAACGUGUGUUACUCUUAAAUUGAAGGGUGUAAAACCUGCUCUCAAAAUGUGUCACGAGUGUUCAUUAGUAAACAAUGGCGAUAUGAUUUUACAGCCAGAUAUCUCAGAGGUUAUUAAGAAAAAACGUGGCAGGCCAAAGAUUAUACACUCAGAAAGUGAGACAUCUCAAACUGAUGUUGAAUUAGAAAGAACACCUAGCACCUCACGUAAGACCAAUUUAAAAGGACAGUGGAAGUCCACAUCAAAGAGAUUUCAACCAUGCCCCACACCUGACUGUGAUGGAAAGGGUCACAUGACAGGCAAAUUUGAUAAGCAUCAUACUCUUUCUGGUUGUCCAAAACAUCAUAACAUGACAGCAGAAGAAUGCAAGGUUUGUGUUAAUCAAUAGUACAUCACAUAGCUGCUGGGUCAUGAAUACAUGUACCUGUAUGCUGUAUUGUUUGGAAACUUGAUACUGACAAGCUUUUAACCAUCUUAAGACGGUGGUAUCUUAUUUUUGAGUGAUUUUGUAUAUACAUUGUACAUGUAUAUUGCAAAUAUUGGGUCUUUAGAGAGAUUCUUGUCCACAAGAAUUGAAUAAUCCAACUGUUUAUAAGUACCUGUGGCUAAAAGUACGUGUACAGUACCACUCAAAAGUAAGUCACCAGUGUCAUCUUGUUUCUCGUGAGACGAGUGUCUUUUGUGAUUACGAGCUCACUGAAGUUCAAGCUUUUUGUCCGGAACUAUUUUUCUUAGGACACACACAUCAAUACAGGUGAAUGAUUUGGGAUAAAUGCAACUUGCAUAACAUGAAGCCUGUGUUUGUUAUUUUUGUGCUUCAAUAUAUUUCAUCUUUGAUUAAAAUUUUAUUUUCCUUUGUUUGAAAAUCAUUAAAUCUUAUAUUACCAUAACCAAACUAACUAAAAUGGAAUUUGAACUGAGGUUUUAAUUUUGAUUUUCCCACAGGAGAAAGCAAAAGAAAAAGAGAAGGAAGUGGGCACCCCACUGGAACCUUCAAAAGUGCGAAAGACUAGGGCUAGCACAUCACCAAAGGUUCUCCCCAAGAAAACUCUCAGAAGCAAGGUCAGUAUAAUGUCAACUUACAACUGAUGAUGGUAACUAAUGAAGUAAAACAAAUAAGUAGAUGUUGAUACACUGUGCAUGUACAUGAACUUAAAUGCACUCCACUUACAUCAUGGAUCGAGGUCUUAUCCAGGCACAGGUAAGUUGCACAAUGCCGUGUUAAAGUUUGUUUCCUUUGGACCUACCUAACCUGUGAUCAGGUAUUGACUGCCUGAUCGCAGGUUAGGACGUACCUGAACUUGUCGGAUCCAGCGUGGAUAUAGCAUAAUUAUAAAACAGUGCUGGUGAGGUACAAAGUAAGGCUUUAUGGUCACACUAUGAAAGUCAUCCACCAAGCCAGUUGGGGAGCAGUGUUUUCCCCGUACGUCAUAUAUUUUGUUGUCAUGUUUUAAUUGGACUCUAAUUUCAAGCCUAGCUUAAGGAACUGGAAUACAUUAACUUUACGUGAACUAAAUGCCCUCCACUUACAUUGUAGAUCAAGGUUUAUCAAUGCAUGGCUGUCUGUGUCCUCUAUGGAUGUCCAGUAUUAGAGUUAAAAAACCAAUCAAUAAAUAAUAAUAAUAAUAAUAAUAAUAAAUAGCCAUUAUUUUUUAAUACAGUAUACCUAUGUACAUAGAUCACAUGUAUUUGGGAGUCUCACUUGGAUCUUUUCUGUGCACAAGUUUAAAUUUGAGCCCCUUUCUCCCAAAAUUCAAACAAGUAUUUGACCAUAGUGUGCUUUCUGCAGCAAUUUUGCAUGUGUUUCAUCAUUGACAACAGUACAGUUUGUAUUAUUAUCAUCAUAAAGGCAAAUUUUGAUGCUCUGCAGUUCAUGUAAAACUUUGUAUCAUGUCCUAAGCGACAGCCAUGUUAUUUGGGGACUGGGUAGAUUUCUGAUUUUGUGGGGGGAGGGGUUGAUAUGGGGAUGGGUAUUGCAUACAGUGUAAGAAGGCAGUCUCCAGAUUCUAGAUCUGUAGUGGUUGGCACUUCUAUAUAAUGAAACUCUAUCUAACGAAGUCCUGGGUAUAACGAAGGAUUUUCUUUUUCCCAGUCAUAAUAUACAUGUAUAUGAAAAAGAACCUCAGUACGACAAAACCUCUUUACAGCGAACAAAUUUUGCCAGUCCCUUGGCCCUUUGUUACAGGAUAUCGAGGUUCCACGGUAAAAUUAUGUACGUGUAUUCCUGUAGGUCCAGCUGUCCUUCAUGCCAGAAAAGAUCCGUGCUGCCGUCACAAGCAAAGAAAUAACACCUGAAGAACACAGCAUAAGGAAAACUCAUGGGCAACCAAGCACUGGAAGUGCCAUAUCCAAAGACCGUGUGUCCAGUGCAGCUGCUGAACAAGCAAGUGACUCAUAUACUAAUGGCAUGGCAGUAUUGGAUAACCUAGAUGAAGAGGCACUUAAAAAAAUAACUUCAGAAGGUGAUUUGAAGAUGUUCAAAGAUGCUUGGGCAAAAGCUGUACAGGCCAAUGAAGAAGUGAGGUUUUGUUUUUUGUCACAAUUAUUGUAAUUUCAUGUAGAAAGGAAAGAGCUCUUGGACUGAAAUCCUAGUUGGUUUAUUCUAGUGCACUAAUAUAAAAGCAUAAAAAAAGUCUCGCAAGUGAAAACAAUAAUGAUUGUAUUAUAUAAACACCAAUGGAAUACACUGUACCAGGUGAGCUUUUAUGCGAAAACAUGACACAGUCAUGCACACUGUAUCUUUACAAGUAAGCUCUCUAGAUGAGCCCUUUAGGCUCUUAGAGCAAAUGUUGCAAUAAAUAUUGUUUAUUAAAAAGAAAAAAAAAAGAAAAGAUCACCGUUGCUAUUAUUAAUAGUUACACGAUAAAUCGGCCUUUCACAGCAACAAAACAUUAAAGUGAAAUGGUUUGGUAUUUCAUUGGUGUUUAUAUAAUAAAAAGAACAUUACAUUGCCGCUUUGGAGAUACCAAAUUUCGCUGUCAUGUUGAAAAAUAAUUUCAACACUUGAAGAGAAAUUUCGUAUCUCUGCAUGGCCAUAAAUGCGAUAACCUCUACUGACUUACCUAACAAAAACAACAUGUAUUUAUUUCUUCUUCUUCUUCUUCUUCUUCUUCUUGAAUUAAUUAUGCUGCCGCUUAGUGUGUUAGUUAUUUACUGUUUAUCUAACUGACCUGUACCUGCAAUUCAGCUGUAGGCUGUGGAAGGCAUCCUUAAACAAGUCUUUCAUUCAUUCACUCUAAGCGCUACUGAAUCGUAGUCAACAGUUACCAGCACCAUACAAACGACUCACUGACGGAUUCAGCAAAACUAACUAUGGGAGAAUGACUGAACAACCGACGAUUUGACAAACAAUAAAUGACUGUGUAACUGUGACAAUAGACGGAUCGAAAUGCACCAAUAACAUUGGGUCUUCAUAGCCAUCAUGGCUUAACUGACAGACAACCAAUAACAUUGCAACUGAUUGACCAAUCAGGUUAAAAGACCAGAGUUUAAUACCAUCAACUGCCUUGAUACCACUCACUUUGACACUGAAGAUGACUACCUCACAGGUUGUCAAAACGUCCGUCAUUGUCAACAACAGUCCUAUUUAGGGCUACAUUCUCCCGGACGAUCGCAGGGUAACUCAAAUGACUCCUGGGUGCAAACCUUCCACAGUAGGUUUCUAGCGAUACUCUGGUAUUAUCAUGUUACUUUUUUUGUCAGGAGCUGUUGCCGUUAAACAAUAGAAAUGGAUGUCGCUGUAUUGAAUUUGGUUCAUUUGAGAUUGACACAUGGUACUCUUCUCCAUAUCCUGAGGAAUUUCAGCGGCUUCGGAAAAUAUACAUCUGUGAAUUCUGCUUGAAAUAUAUGAAGAGCCAGACUGUGCUAAGACGACAUGUGGUAUGUAAAAGUGAAGUAAAAUCUUGCUAGUACAAGUUGAACCUGGACGUAGUAAAAUGGGAAAGUAAGCCACCUUUUUCCCAAAUCAAAAAUGAAUCCCUGCUAAGGCCAAAAAAUUUCGUUUAUCCUCCCACCCUAGAAGGGGUUGCCUUGAUAACCCUUUCAGCCUUACUGAGGGGGUGGGGGAUGAGACAGUUAGUGAAUUUUAUGGUUUUCUGUUUGUAGCCACUUUAUCACAAAUCUUAAGUCGCACAACAAGAAAAAUAGCUCUCAGGAGAGAGUAUGACUUGUGUUUACAGUUUUUGAUAUGUGUAUUGUGCACUUGCCAUUUUAUCUUUUUUGUAUGUCAUAUGAACAUGAAAUGUAACCUGUUUCGUCAAAGAAGAUAAAGUGUGAUUUCAUGCAUGGAAGAAAAAAGUUUGAUGCAUUAGGUUGCACUUCACCUUCUUAUCAAAAAGCACGCCGAUGACAAGCGUGAAAGUGGAAACAAAGAGUGACUUCUUGCAUCAAGAACAAAAAUGUAUAGAUUUUUUUUGGACAACGACAGGUCAUGUUUAUUUUUCUGACAUAGUAGGUCACACAUCACUUUUACGUUACAUGUAUGUAGCAUGCCAAUGCAGUGACCACAAUUACAGUGUACCCCUUUUUUGCAAAAUUUCUUUUGACUAGAAAAAAAAAAUUGAUAAAAGGACAAGCAACUAGAGCGUAAUAGACUCUACUUGUUUAAGCGAACUGAAUCAAACUGUAUUUUGUAUCAGGGCUUGAGAAUUAUCACUUUUCUCGUGGACAUUACGGACAUUGUGGACAUUAUGGACUUACGACAUGCCUGCAUAGUGUUACAGUUUCUACGGAAACUUUCAACACAAAAACGAGUAACAAAAAACAAACAACACAAUAAACAAGGCAAGAAAAAGGGAGUUUAAAGAAAUUACAAAAUGUUUGCUAAUCCGAUUUUCCAAAAAAUGGGUGGAUUUGAAUCAGCCUGUUUCUUACGGAAGUUUGUACAUUGUACAAGGCAAGGACUCUCCCCGGUAUGUUGCUGUUUUCUUCCCGAUACAUUUCUGUGGUUGCCUGUGCAGUUGGGAAGGCAAAAACACAAUAAUGUAUAAUUAUGUUGUAGUUAAUUUUUUAUCUCAGGUAAUUUUUAUUUUUCUUUUGUUGAAACUCCAUUAGCAUACAUUAACAUACCCAAAAACAAAAGAAAAAUAAAAAUUACCUGAGAUAAAAAAUUAACUACAACAUAUACAUUAAGAACACGAAAAGUGAAAAGGCAUUUGUUGGGUAAGGCUUUUGGCAAAGGGUUGGGUAUGGUAUCGCAUUCUCUGUCAACGGUUGUCGGCCAAAAUGUAGACCCUUUCUUUUGUGCGCUAACCAGUUCACAUGUAUGGGCAACUUUUGUGAAUUACUGUAAAACUAUUAUUUGGUUAUUUGAUGUGUGAAAUGUUAGGCCAAAUGUAACAGCAGACAUCCUCCUGGAGUUGAAAUCUACCGAAAGACUGGACUUUCCAUAUUUGAAGUAGAUGGAAAAAACCACAAGGUCAGUUAACCCCAAGGGUGAUAAUAAUAAGGCAAGAAGGUAAAAAAGACAUGAAUAAUCCAACCAUGGAUAAUAGAAAGACAGUCUUUCUAUUAUACAUGAUCCAACAGCCAAUAAACUGUUGUGUUCUUUGGCCAUCCUAAACUUGAAUUGCAAUACGGAGGUCAUCUUUUCAUGUUGGGAUGCAUUAGAGUGCCAACAAACAAAACACUCCCAAUUAAGUUUUCUUCAUGGAAGCUACUUGUAGCUUUUGCUAGCACUGCAUUAUCCUAAGUUUUACAUGUUUAAGCAUUCUCGAUUAAAAAAAAAAUAAACUGCCUUUAUUCUAAAAUUUGUACUUACAUGUAAAGGUAGACUAUAAUUAUUUACAGACAACUAGUGGGGAUUUAUGCUAUUUCAAUGGCUGUCAUAAUUGUGUAUAUACAUGUAGGGUCUGUUUUGACUCAUUCAUUUGUGUGAUUGCUUAUUUUCAACUCACUAGGUUUACUGUCAAAACUUGUGUUUGCUGGCCAAGUUGUUUCUAGAUCACAAGACCCUCUACUAUGAUGUGGAACCUUUCCUGUUCUAUGUUAUGACAACUGCAGACUCAACUGGUUGUCACAUGAUCGGCUACUUUUCAAAGGUACAUUUAACAGCUCUUAGCCCUUUCUUUGAUAAAAUAGCCGUGAACCCUAACGCAUUCGGCAUGUAACUUCCAGUACUAUCAUUAAAUGCCUGAGGUAGGGGAUUCCCCUGGCUACAAGAGAUACCCCAGAAAUGGAAUAUGUAACCCAAGAAAAAAGGACAAAAAGAGAACAAAAACAAUUCCCAGGGACUGACAACUUAAAAAAAACCAACAAAGCUACUUUUGGUAUUAACUCGAUAGCAACUGACCCUUAGCCACUUUUGAAAAACACCAUGAUACUCUCUAAUGGGGUACUCGGCCUCAAUGAGGAAGUCGUAUUCCAGUCUCCUUUGUUACAAUGAGACAAAGACAAUGAGGGUAUGUAUAGUCAGCUUCCAGUAGAACGGACAUUGCAGGUUUUUGUGUUAAAGGAAUCGUUAUUAAGGCUUAAUUCUAGAACAAAUAGAAAGCAGCAUUUUGAGGGCAACAAGUAAUCACAGAAACUAAUAAAAGUGGUUCGUACUCACAACAAAACACAGUGUAACACUCAGGCGUGUAUGUCUUGCACCUACUAAUUAGUUGAAUUUGUACUUAAAUUUAGACUAAUAGCUUUUGCAAUACUGUAAUUCCUUUAUGGUCAUGCAAAUAAAGCAUUUGUUGUUGUUGUUGUUGUUGUUGUUGUUGCACUACCCAAACUUGCACUUCAAAAGAGUAUUGUGGUAUUUUUUCGUAUAUGCUUGUAGCUUGUAGUAGUAGCUAGGCGUAUAAUAGUUUACUGGCGUCAAUGUCCGAUACUUACUUUUUUAUGGGUUUUAUAUGUACUUCACUGCCACUUUGGCUGGGACCUAAAUGUUAAUAUUUAUUUGUUUUUUCUACUGCAGGAGAAAAAGUCGUUUUUGAAUUACAAUGUCUCCUGCAUAUUAACUUUACCAAUCUACAUGAAACAAGGAUAUGGCAAAAUGCUGAUUGACUUUAGUAAGUGAUGUUACACUGUAUGCGUUGAUCUUAACUAGGAGAGAAAUUUAACUUAAUUCAUUGGCAAAUGAUCUUUCAGAAACUUUUGUUGGAGCUUAAACACAGCCAGAAUCCAAAAUUGUUUGUAAAUCUGAAUCUUAAACCAGCACAAAGCUGUUUUUUAAAUUUCAAUACGACUUGCAGCGUAAGAUUGUAAAUCUUAAUAUUUUACUUGCACAAAGCUGUUUUGUGUCUCACAAACACAAAAUUUUAUACAAAUUUUAAAUCGUUAAAAACGUCCGUUGCCUUAAAUAUCUAAUGUUUUGUUUUCCCAUUUUUCUUACAGAGAACCGUUAACAAAGCCUUAACUUAACUCUGAUCCACCUUGUAUUUUGCAGGUUAUCUUCUAUCAAAAGUUGAAGGAAAAGUUGGUUCCCCUGAGAAGCCUUUGUCAGAUUUAGGUCUUAUUAGUUAUCGAAGUUACUGGAAGGGUAUUUUGCUUAAAUACCUCAAAAAUUUUGGUUUUGACAUGAUCUCAAUUAAGGGUAAGAAAGUCAUUGCAUCCGGGCCUCUUACUUAAUUUGAGUUUCGCUUUCAAACGAACCUAUUUUAACUACAAACGUUCACUCCAAAUUACGGCUUCGUAAGAUUAAAGAGAUGUAGGGCAUACUGUUUAGUUCGCUACAUCAUAUUUGUCACUGGAAUUCGUGCACUGUUAUGGCGUGGUUUCUUCAGCUGUUCCUCGUGUUUCAGAAGAAUGUAGUUAUCACUGCCCGAAAAAGAAGAUUAUCCUGGGAAUUCUUCGGGCAUUUUCACUGUGGUAAUAAGCAACGCCAUCUGCAUAGCGAAACGCCCCUUUCGCGAUUAUGAAAUUAGAGACAAAGUGCUUAAAGCUACUGCUUGGUAUGAUCCCCGUCGGAGUUGUAAUUUUAAGAAACGAUGAAAUCUCCUUGAUUUUAUAGAGAUCAUAUAAUGUAUUCUCCUAGGAACACCAUUUUGUCCUCCGCUUUCUCACAGACCCACCCAAGAAUAUCCCCUGCCAAGUGUAAUUGUUAGUGUAAAAAGACAGUCACCGCCUUCUGAAGAGUUGUGUUGGAAAGUGGUAAAAAACGCGCAUGUCGUUUCCUUUUAUGCGUAGAUAUUAGUCAGGAAACAGCAUUGCAUCCAAGUGACAUUGUCAGUACCCUGCAGUAUUUGGGUAUCCUGAAGUAUUGGAAAGGGAAGCAUGUCAUCUUAAGAGCUACGGUAAGGCAACAAAUACGACCCAAUGUUUAACCAGGGACCACACUACACAAUAUCCAACUGUAAAAGGAACCUUAAUACCCUUAAAUGUACGAGUUCCUCAUUUGGAUGAGUCCCCUUGUUAUUGUGCACAAAGGCAGCUUACAGUAGACUGUAGCUGUUUUGUGGUAAAGAAAUCCUUUCGACCCAAUUCGUAAGUAACUGGAAGGUCACAUUCGAAACUAUUAACUCGCUACCCACUGACUGCAUAUUUCUAAGUAAAAUCUUAUGGCCUAUUUCCAUUGCACAAUAGGAAUAAUUAUGUUUCCUGUUUUUAGGACCUUUUUGAUGACUAUGAGAAGAAAGUUGCAGCAAGGCCACCUGAAUACCAAGAGAUAGAUCCAUCUUGUCUUUCGUGGGUUCCACCAACUGCCCAAGAUGCAAAGCCGUAG